UACAUUUAUAUCUGGCAUUUUAUUAAAAUUAUUAUGUAAGACAUAUAUUGAAGGUAGUGAAGACGUCAUAUAUGAAUAAUAUAUGCAGAUGAUGGAACGCGAUCGCCAAUAUGAGAAUACUUCAACUGGAUUGCAAAUAUUGUAAUAAAGAUUUACUGCAAAUUCCUGAAAGAAAUGAGAAACCAGCAGAGACGUGUAUAAAAAAUGAACUGUCUGUACAUGAUUCUGCGUUGGUUUCUAUUUCCAUUAAAGAAGAAAAAAUUACAAAGCAAGAACUAUACGUGCCACAUAAGGUUGUAAAUUUGGAACCUGAUUCUUCCGAGAACAUUCAGGAUGAUCUAUUAACGCAAGAAGAACUUGAAGAAACUAGAAAUGAAGAACUUACUCUAAGUGAUUUGAAUCUGAAGAAGCAAUCCACCAGUCAAACGUUUUACGAGUGUAACAUAUGUACGAAGCUUUUUCGAUCAAAGAAUCUGUUCGAGGGUCAUUUAGUAGCGCACAGUGACGCUCGACCCUAUCACUGCGACGUUUGCGGCAAAUCCUUCAAGAGGACGAACACUUUGGCGGUACACAAACGAAUCCACACUCACGAGAGAAACUUUGUCUGCGACGUGUGCGGUCGCGCGUUUGUCCAGGCCUCUCAGCUGGCUACCCACCACAAACGUCACUUCGAGAAGUACACGAGACACUGUGAGAUCUGCAACAAGGGCUUCUUCACGAAUGCCGAGCUCCACGGGCACAUGAACGUGAAGCACGGGGCCAAGGAACACGUGUGUACCGCCUGCGACAAGUCGUUUCCUAAUAAUCACACCCUGGUGCGUCACCUGAAGAUUCACGAUCCUAACUUCAAACCUGUGAAGCAUCAGUGCGAGUUCUGCGGCAAGACAUUCGCCUACAAGAACUCGCUGGUGGUGCACGUCAAGUCGCACACUGGCGAAAAUAAAUACGAUUGCCAUCUGUGCGGUAAGUCGGUAUCGUCUAAAGGAUCCCUUCAGGAUCAUCUGCGUCUUCAUGGUGGGGAAAAGUCGUUGGUCUGCGAUGUAUGCGGCAAGGCUUUUCACAAGAGGACAACGUUGGUCGUGCACAAGAGAACACACACCGGCGAAAAGCCUUAUUCGUGCGAUACCUGUGGAAAAUCCUUCACGCAACACUCAACUCUUGUUAUACAUAAACGAUAUCACACGGGUCAAAGACCGUAUCAGUGUAGUUAUUGUAACAAAUCGUUUGUAUCUAAAGGAUUAUUGAACGCUCACAAUAAAGUACACUUAGUUAAUGUGAUGCUCAUGUAGCCAGUGCACACAAAUAGUUCUAUAGUUUAAAUCUUUAUUUUAAAUACAGGUAAUUUCUAUUGUACUAGAUCAAUUGUGUCUUAUAUUAGAAACACUUGCGUGAUAUUAUCAGACUUGUGUAUAAACUUAAACAAUUUUGUGAGAUAAAGUGAAGCGAUAUUACUCGAUUUCCUCUAUUCUAAAGUCAUCAAAAUUAAGAACAUUUCCACCCUUCCAAGAUUUCUUUCUGAGAUUUUUCUUAGUUUCCAUAAUUAUUUUAAUGACACAUGCGUAGAAAAAAAAUUUUGGAUACUUUGUUUUUUCAUUUGCAUUCAAAUAUGAAAAACCACAAAUAUGAAAUAGUAAAAGAGAAAAACCUUAGAUUAGAGGAAAAUCUAAAAUAGAGACAAUUAGUUAUAUACUGCCAUCUUGUAGUUUGAUACUGCAUCUAUAAUGUGUGUAUGUAUGUGUAUGAUUGCUUACAUAUUUGAUUUUCAUUAAUAGUUUCUUCAAAAGAAAUGUAACAUUGCUAACACGUUAUAUUUGUAAAUUAAUUGUUUAUA